GGACGCGCGAAUAUUCCGUUUGUAAGAUGGCGGUGUGAAUGCGCGGCCUGCUGCUGCUGAGAUUACCUGAUUAUUUCAGACAUUCAACAUUGUGCGUUUGGCGCAAACGGCUGUCGGGACACUCUGUACGUUAAGUUGUGAUGGCCAAGCGUAUUGCAGAUAAGGAGCUGACGGACAGAAAUUGGGAUCAGGAAGAUGAAGGAGAAGAGGCUGGAAUGUUUUCGGUAGCAAGUGAAGAUGUCAUGAAAAAUCGUGCCAUCAAGAGGGCGAAGCGUCGCAAUGGAAGCACAGAGGGAGAGAGUGGAGGGGCUUUUAAGGUGUUUAAGGGUUUCUCGCUGACCCCGGCUGCAGCAGGGGCAACAUCAUUCUCUGGUUUUGGUAAUGGAGAUGGAUUCAAACCUCUCUCCAGCCUGACUAAUGGCAGCAUGGCAUCAGUUGCUCCAUCCUUCAGAGGUUUUAUCACUCCUACAUCUGCUAAGACCAACAGCGGUCAUUUAACCUUCAACAGCUCCGCCCCCUCCAAACCCACAGAUGCUGAUGUCACGUCUAAUGGCUCUGCCUCCAGCAGUAAAGAAUACAACCGCCAGCUCACCGCUCUCAACUGCUCUGUUCGCGACUGGAUCACCAAACAUGUCAACGACAACCCACUGUGCGACCUAAAUCCCAUCUUCCGUGACUACGAGCGGCACCUUUUCAGCAUAGAGAGGAAAUAUGGCAGUGGUGUGUCAGAUGGCAGCGUAGAGAGUGUGUCAUUUGGGGGGGAGCAGAAACGGCUUGUGUCUGGCAGCAGCACAGCUCCACCGCUCUUCUCGUUUAAGGACAAGGAUGGCACCAACGUAGAGAAGCCAGCAGCAGCACAUGCGCCAGACAUGAUUCCUGCUGGCGUCUCCUUUACUUUCGGUCAGAAGGUGGACAGCUCUGUUCUUGACACACUGGCGUCUAGUGGAGGUGCGUCAUUCUCUUCCUCGGGGGCAUCUGUGUUUGGAGCUGCAGUUAGUAGCGGCAGUCCUGCAGUGUCGCCUUCUCUUAAUGCGGCCAGCAACAGUCAGAGUGCAGAUGAGAAUGGAAAAGAAUCCGACGAGCCGCCCAUUCCCGUGGUUAAAGAAAUUAAGGAGAAAGACGCUUUCUACUCUAAAAAGUGUAAGUUGUUUUAUAAGAAGGACAGUGAGUUUAAGGAGAAAGGAGUUGGUACGCUGCAUUUAAAGAUGGCAUCUGAGAAUAAACUACAGCUGUUAGUGCGAGCUGACACCAACCUGGGAAACAUCUUGCUUAACAUCAUGGUGCCUUCCUCCAUGCCUUGCUCACGAACUGGCAAAAACAAUGUGAUGGUGGUGUGCGUGCCAAACCCUCCAGUGGACGAGAAGAACCCCAGCACACCUGUUCCAGUGCUUGUACGUGUCAAAACGGCAGAAGACGCAGAUGAACUGCAUCAAAUCCUGCAGGAGAAGAAAGCCUGACCGCUCUCUGCCCGUCCACAAGUAUCCGUGUGUUUGAAUGGGACUCACACAACCUGGUUACAUUACACACACCUUACUCUUGAGUUUACUCGAUCUAUUGCAUCUAACGCUGACACACGAGCUGUUUUAAUCACAUCUACUGUGAAAUCACUCAUGGUCCUACUGUAACGCUUGUUUUUUAAAAUUGUAUUUAUAUAGCAUAUAUAUAUAUAUAUAUAGCAUAUAUAUAUAUAUAUAUAUAUGCGUAUCGGUGUAUUAUCACACACACUCGAGUCUGGAUCUAUGAACAUUCCUUAUAGAUUUUUAAUUUAGCUGCUAUUUAAAGUAAAAUACUGAAUGGUUCCCUCAAGACUGAAAAUUGGUCAUCAUUGACGCAUCGUGUUGUUCUGGACAAGUAUGAACUUUCAUCUGCUGUUGAGCAUGAGGAUGUCAUUCAAGCUCAAACUUCAGAAGUCAGACACGCAGACCCCAUUUUUAAGUCUUUAUUAGCUGAAAAUCAAAGUAUCCAAGCGCAGUGUGACAUUUUUAAUAUUCUGGAUGUGAAUGCAGUUAAGUGCAAGAUUAACAGGAGCAGACCUCAAUUUAAGUUAUCAUGAUUACAGAAGUUUUGGAAUAUGGCACAAAUAAAAUGUAAUAUUAUUAUGGUGUGCUUUUAGAUUUUAUAUAAAAAAAAAUUAUUAACUGACUGAAUUUUCCUGAGGAAAAAAGUAAAUCAUACAGGUUUGGAACAACAGACCGAAUCUUUUUUUAAGAGUGGUGUGUUCCUUUAAGGGAUUAAUCAAGAUGGAGCUGACUGUUUUAUGUGGAUGGCUGUGGUUCAUUUUUAAUUCUUGGACAUUUUUCUGAACAUAUUGGAUAUGUAAGUAUGGAUUGAGUUCUAUACAGUUUUCCAGGGUUUAGAGGUCAGUUUUAAACAUUGCAGAUCCUUAAAUCUUGAUUUUCCAAUUGAGAACAAUGUUCAUACAAAUAGUUAUAUUGCUGUCAUUAAAUUUAGUUGCCCACAUUUUUUGAUCUGAGAAAUGAGAGCUGUACCCAGUUCUUUUUCUUGUUGCCGUUUUUGGGGCACUUGUUGUGUUUGUCAAUAUUUAUUGCAGAUGAGGAUUUUGCAUGAAGUACAUGAACCCUGUAAAUGAAUCCUCGCCCUUGAAUGAUCUGAUGUAUGUAUAGAGUGAUUGGUGGCAUUAUGGAAAUCUGUCUCUAAAAUGAUCUCUAAAUGAGUUUCCUUUAAGUGACCUUUUUACUGCCUUACUCAUUGAGGUAUGUGUUUGUGUUGAACAGCACUAGAUCUACUUUACAUUCUUAGACUGGUGAAUAAAUCAAAUGA